UCAUAGCACUUGGCUCAUGUUAGUUUUUACCCAAGAAGGUAUAAAUUUUUAGUGAUGUGAAAUCAAGGGUGCAUUCUUUUGGAAGAUAUGUCAUUCAUAAUGCGCACAGCUCAUACUUAAACAGUUGACUCUCAUUUACGAGUCUGCAAUUACUUGUGUGAUAUAAUUUUGAAAUCUAUUAAUGUAUUUUAAAUUGUUCCUGCUGAAUAGACCGCCAUUUCAAUUUGUUUAAGUUGUAGGACAUGUCAGAAUAAAUUGCAAAGUAUUUCAUUACAAACUUUGCAUAAUGUGUUAUGUUUUUGUUGUAAAAUUACUUAUAAACCUAAUGAAGAGCAAAAUUAGUUGUUGAGUAAAACGACAAAAGUGUUUAUUCCAUAACUGGUCAUGCACUCAGUACUACCUCAUAGACAUAACAAAGCAUAUUAUGAGAUUUUCAUCUUGUAAAUCAAAAACUGUAUAUUUUAUUUCAAUACAAAUCAUCUUCAACAGAAAGGUAUGGUAAAAAGACUAAUAUAUGGGUUUGUCAACGAAUAUUUUCAAUGUAAACCCACUGCCUUGUCAUUUUGAUGCUUCUGAUUUUCCCAAUAUAUUUUUUUGUUGAAAUAGUCUUCCUUGGAUACUGAUGACUGCCAUGUUUUUAUCUGCAUGUAGUCUUACCCUUUCAAAUCUGUGAAAAUACAGUUCUAUGCAGCUUAGGGUAUAUCAUUACUAGAAAAUGUUUGAGAAAUUGUACAUAAACACGUAGCUGUCGAAGAUGUGGCACUUAUUUGGUGUGGUGUAUCCAUGGUGACUGUUGUCACCGGUAGAUCUUGUAGCUAGCGAGCAAUAUGCUUGUGCAAUGUAAAUUUCUGAUCAUUUUUUAUUUCUUUUAAAAUCUAUUUUUUUCACUGUGAAUGAACAUCGAAAGAUUUGUCUAGCACGUACGUAUAAACCUGUGGGUAUGCUUUGUCACUGGUUUUAUUGGAUAGCUGACUUCUGACAUCAUUUCCCCAUUGAUUCUUAUCCAUUUUCCCGCAUUUUGUAUAUCUAUUAAAUAAAUUACGUCAUAGGCAAAAAGUCAGAGGGUCGGUCAGUGGCGUACCCAGCCCGCAAAUUUGGUCCUGCUAUGUUAAUUUUUCUGUAUUCACUCACUGUAAAAACAACAGAUUUCUAAAGAAAUGAUGACGUUCUAAUAUUUACAUAGCAAGACCAAAACUUUCCUAGCUCGAAAUGCCACUGGGAUCGGCGCUAUAACGCUAAAGCGUCAUUUCCACCUAUCGCACGAAUCAACUCGCAGCUCGCUGCGAGAACUCGCAAUUGUUCGUGUCUGUUUCGAGUACUCGUUGUUUGAUAACUGUUUUUCAGCGAGCUAAAAAAAAAAAUGGCGGACGCUUAAGGAGUGAAGAAUGAGUCCUUUGACUAGAAAGCAAAUAAUUCUUUUACUCUAUUUGCGAAGUCGAAGAAGACAGCGUGAAAAAUACCGCAAACGUUUUUGGAUCAGGCCGAUAUUCCAAAAGAGAUCUCAACAUAGCGAAUUUUUCACUUUAGUGAAGGAAUUACGAGAUGGAGACCACGAAGGUUAUUUCCACUAUUUUAGGAUGUCACCUGAUCAAUUCGAUUACUUACAUGGUCUUGUAGGCUCCCUUAUUCAAAAGAGCGAUAAAAGUCGUGAUGUAAUUAGUUCAGAAGAACGAUUAGCGUUGACACUUCGCUAUUUAGCAUCAGGAGACAGUCCACGAAGUUUGUCUUUCAGUUAUAGAAUAGGAGUGACAAGUGUACAUAGAAUUAUUUCGAAUACCUGUUUGGCAAUUUGUAAUGCUCUUUUGUCAAAAGGAGUUUUGAAAGCUCCCAGUUCACCGUAUGAGUGGUUAAAAAUAGCUGAUGAAUUCAAAAGAAUCUGGAACUUCCCUAAUUGUUGUGGGGCCAUUGAUAAAAAUACAAGCACCAGCAGGAUCAGGGAGUUUGUACUAUAAUUAUAAACACUGGCAUAUCAUUGUUCUCAUGGCUAUUGCUGCAGCAGACUAUUCAUUCAUAUUAGUUGACAUUGGCGAUAAUGGUCGUCAUAGUGAUGGAGGUGUGUUUCAGAAUUCUAAAUUAGGUAUUAGGUUGCUGUCAAAUUCUCUUCAACUUCCUGAACCAUGCUGCAUAAGUAAUAGAAUGAGUACUUUUCCCUUUGUCUUUGUUGGUGAUGAAGCAUUUCCAUUGAUGAAAAAUCUGAUGUGUCCCUACCCUGGAAAAUUUCUACCACAACAUGAGCAAAUUUUCAACUAUCGCCUUUCCAGGGCCAGAAGAGUUGUUGAAAAUGCAUUUGGCAUUGCUGCCUCAAGAUUUCGAAUAUUGAGAAGGGAAAUUAUUGCCAAACCUAUGAAAGUUGAGAGGAUUACCAUGGCUGUAGCUGCACUUCAUAAUUUCCUGAUAAAGUCGGAGGCAAAACAACCAGCAUGUUCUAGACAGUAUUUACCCCAUGGUUUUGUGGACAGUGAGGACAGAAAUGGAAAAAUUUUAUUGGGCUCAUGGAGAGCCUCUGUGGAGAAUGCACAAGGCUUAAAGUCAAUUGGGAGACAAGGCUCAAAUUUUUAUAAGAAAGAUGCCUCAGAAGUACGAGAUCAAUUUAAAGAGUAUUUCAUGAAACCAGAGGGUGAAGUUCCAUGGCAGCAAAAUCAUAUAUCUUUUAAUGGGAACCUUGAAUGACUAUGAUUUAUUCUUUCAAAAUUCUUUUCCUCUUUGCAUGGUUAUUUUUCAUUCUUACAAGUUUAACUAUUGCUAAUGUAAACUCAGUUUUUUUCUCUAAAGCAAAUGACAUUUUAAGUAAAUUUUAUUAAAUUAGAUGUAGUUUAUGUUAAUAUAGUGCUCCAAUGCUGUGUUACACAAUUUCAUUUGAAUCACUCGUAACAAUAUCUUCCUCAUCAAUUUCAUGAAGUUUUUCACUGCUUUGGUUGCAACUGAGGUUGCUUGAAGUGGCUCUGUGCAAUAUGGUUUCUCUGAUGAAAUCCAUGCUUCUAAACCAUUUCCAUCUUAUUUCUUUUCCUGUUUCAGAACCAGAAGGUAAAUUCUGAUUUCUUACAUCUUCUGAAAAAGUAUCUCUUAAUCCUUUCCAUUUCGCUUGACAUGAUGAAACUUUGAAGACAAAAUAGAAAAAUAAUUAAAAAUUAUACUGUUCUUUAGCAAUUCUAUAGCAUUUUUCAGUGUUUUCGGACUGACCUGGUAGUUCAACUUCGUUUGCCACACAUUGCCAUGCAUUUUCUUUUUGUGUUUUGCCUCUGUAUUCACGGCUUUUUACCAUGUACAAAACGUGAAAUUUUCUUACUGUUUCGAUUAAAAGUUCGAUCUUUUAAUCGCUCCAUCUUUCGUUUCGCUCUUGUCGAUCCGACAUUUUGUACUUUGUUUUUUGAAAAAAAUGGGGAAAGUAACAUAAUGCUAAAAAAACGAUGCCACGUGAUCAGCCUUUCUUUCAUUGGUGAAUUUUUAUUUGAAAUAGCUGCGAGGAAAAAAUAGUUGAAAAAUGUGAACUAUCUGCGAGGUCAAAAAAUACUAGUUGCGAGUUUGCGAGUUCUCGCAGCGAGCUGCGAGUUGAUUCGUGCGAUAGGUGGAAAUGAGGCUUAAUUGAGUGGUUAUAGACCGACUGAUUUCUUUAGACGGCCAAUCAACUUUCAAAAGAAAUCAGUUGAGCAAAACUGAAUAUAUGAUAUUCAAAAUCCUCCAGAAAUGGCCUUCUAGCGACGACCCAGCUGUUGGGGGCCUUAGUUCUUCAAUUAACCCUACUCCUGUUCAUUUCGCGUUAUGAUUAUGAUCAUGGGGAUUGGGCAAAUAUGGUCACAUGGUUAUCUAGCCGCCAUUUUUGUUUCAAAAGCGCAAAUUAUAAUAACAAUUUUUUCAUAGGAGAUAAAUUAUUAGAAAUAAUUUAUCAUGAUUUAUGUUGUGGUUUAAUAGUGCCAAUCAAAGGGCUCUUCCACUCAUCGCAAAACGUACUCGCAAGCUCGCUGCGAGUGCUGCGUGUUACUCGCAGCGAGGUUACCGUGAUCUGGAGCAUAGUUAUAAUAUUUCAACAAAAUUUUUUAAUCGCGCGAACUAAAUGUCCAUUAGCCAAUAAAAUUUGUUGAAAAUAUCACAUGACUAGUCUUAAAACCAAAAUGGCUGUAAACAGUGAGGUAUCUGUGUGGACCGACGCGAAGAUUGAAAUUCUAGUGGAAAGUGUUAAAAAAUAUAGAGUGCUCUUUGAUGUCACUUAUAAAGAGUACAAGAAUAAAGGAAUGAAAGAGAAUGCGUGGAAGAAAGUCGCUGAUGAAUUGGAAUUUCCAGGUUAGAUGAAGUUUUAACUUUUACAAUUUUAUCAGGGGUUGCUAGUUUCUUUCCCAGUGUGCUCGAAAUUUUUAAUUAUUUGCGUUUUCCUUUUUGGUUUUAUACUUUUUACAUUCCAGAUGUUUUGAAAAAUGAAGACAACUAACCCCUUGCUUUGUGGGUCCUGACAUUAUUUUUAAUAUUUAGUUCACGUUUGUCAAGCAAAAUGGAAAGGACUUCGUGACACGUUUUCAGAAAACAUCCGACGUGAAAGACAUCCAUCUGAAUCAGGAAGAAAGAAAGCUAUUAGAUGGAAGUGGUUCAACCAUAUGCAGUUUGUUAGAGACUGCAUGUCACAGAGAGCUAGCUCGGGUAACAUUGGUUUUGUGCCAAUAUGCAGUGAAAAUGAAAGAGCUGGUUUUUCUGAGACAGAUGAAAGCAUUGAAAUGAAUAUAAUUGAUUCAUCAUUACCAUGCAGUAGCAUAUUGGAAGUUGCUUCUUCUGAAGUAACAAACAACAAUCAAACUAUUUCACAAAACUUGGAUUUAAAAAGAGUGCACAAUGAUCAAUUAUCAAUUGGUGUGAAUAAAUCACCAGUGAAGAAGAAAAAAAUGUUGAUCGGGAAAUUGAUAUAGCAAUCUUGAAAUUGUUAAAGGAAGAUAAUAAAAAGAAAAGAUGUAAUGUCAGCUCAAGUGAACCAGAUGCAGAAGCUUCUUUUGGAAAUUCAAUUGCCCACACACUGAGAAGCUUUGACAAUUAUCAUAAAGCUUUGGCAAAGAUGAAAAUCACAGAAGUAUUGUUUCAGAUGGAGUGUGGGUUGCCACUCUCAGAAGAUUGAUCUUGAAUAUUGACCAACCCUCAUUUCUGCUUGUUGAGGUUGUAUUCUCAACAUUUUAUGUUGAUUGAAUUUGUUUAAUUGUUGAUUGUUAAUUUAUAUAAUUAAUAUAUGAGGUAGCAAAACAUUCUGUUUAUGUAGAUACCUAUGUGUUAUAACUAUUUAAAGUGUACAACUUAAAAAAUUUAAAUGAUUACAAAACCUUGUGGAUCAAUUUGAUCAUAAGUGUAAUUGUGCAUUAAUUGUUUAUCUAAAUUCAUUCAAUUAAUUGACAAAGCAAUCUGCGUAAUGCAAAAUUGAAAAACAAAAUUAAAGUA